AUACGCUGUUAUGAGCGUUUAUAAUUUCGAUUAGCCGUAUUAAUUAAACAAAUAAAUUAGAACCGUUUAAUAUGCAAACAGAGUUAAGAUCUCAUAGCACUAGGCGCGAUAAUGUACCCAGUCAUUGUGAUACGGGUACGUCUUGCGCUAUCACGAUACAAAUGCCGAAUCCUGAGGCAGUUGGAUGUGUUGAGAGAUUCGCUACAUUCCUCUCCUUCCUUCUGGUCAUCAUUACAUUCCCCUUCUCACUGUUCGAAUGCUUUAAGGUUGUCCAAGAGUUCGAAAGAGCAGUGAUAUUCCGAUUAGGUCGAGUACGGAAAGGCGGAGCGAGAGGUCCUGGUCUAUUCUUCGUGUUACCAUGCGUCGACACUUACAGGAAAGUCGAUCUGAGGACAGUGUCUUUCGAUGUUCCACCACAGGAGGUUCUUACGAGAGACUCUGUAACGGUAGCUGUUGACGCUGUAGUGUACUACAGGAUAAAGGAGCCUUUAAAUGCAGUUGUUCGUGUUGCAGAUUACAGUGCGUCUACCCGUCUGUUAGCCGCGACGACACUUCGUAACGUGCUGGGCAUGCGGGACCUGGCACAACUGCUGUCUGACCGAGAAGCUAUCAGUCACAUGAUGCAGGCCAACCUCGACGAGGCCACAGAUCCCUGGGGCGUUGAAGUUGAAAGAGUUGAAAUCAAAGAUGUAAGAUUGCCGGUGCAACUGCAGCGAGCAAUGGCGGCAGAGGCAGAAGCGGAUAGAGAAGCAAGAGCAAAGAUUAUAGCCGCUGAAGGUGAAAUAAAAGCAUCCAAAGCGCUUAGAGAAGCUUCACUGGUUAUGAUUGAUAAUCCUAUGGCAUUGCAACUACGAUAUUUGCAGUCACUGAAUACGAUAUCAGCAGAGAAGAAUUCUACGAUAAUAUUCCCCUUCCCGAUGGAUUUCUUGAGAACGUUCUUAGGAGGGGCAGGACCAAGUAUGUCGCCGUCAUUACCAAUUUAAUAGUCAAUAUCUUCGAGAAUAAACAGUUAAGUGUAGAGUUUUUGUAAA